AUGAGUUAUAAUCAUCAUCAGACUUCCUAUAUUCCAUCGUAUAGUUCAAAUUCUGCGGCUCAAAAUACUGGUGCAGCAUAUAUGGCGAGACGUGGUUGGGAAGGUGUGGGUAAUGUGGAUAAUUCGUUGACGUUUUCGUCAAAGUCCAGGUGAGUUUUGAGAUUUUUUUAGUGCUCAAAAAGAUUCUUGAAAAUAGUUUUCAAAAUUCACAUUUUCAGUUCAAAACGCGUCUACAUCACAGCGUUUAUAAUGCUCUCACUGCUCCUUCUAACAGCAAUCAUCAUCAUAAUUUUAUUCGCCGUUGGUGUCAUUGGCCACCAAGACACCACAAUCAUCUCCCCGUCACCAUUGAAUCCGAAUCCGAAUCCGAAUCCAGCACCCAAUCAGAAUCCAAUUGUUCCUCAACAAGUUCUACAAACAAAUUCAACAUUUUCCGGAAGUUUUACUAUUUUACGGCAAGCCAGCGAGAUAUUUGAUUUGAAAAAUACAAAUACUUAUUUUAGCAGUUUGAAUUUGAUACAAAAUGCGGUGAGUGUCUAGACUUCUUCUAACAAUUCCAAAAUUUCCCAUAUUUUCUCAGAUCGAUAAUAUCAUGGUCUCCUCAACCCUUCAACCAUACGCCGCCAAAGCCACCAUCACCAAUCUGCAAAACGUCGGAAAUGAUCUAAACGUUCAAUUUCGAAUCGUCACCCAAACCAAUGGUGCAGAUCAAAACUUUAUCGCCAAUGUUUUGCGCUCAAAUAUUAAUCGCAUUGAAGGUCAACUUGGAGGAAAUGCCCAAAUCGAUCCAAACAGUGUUUCGGUUUUGAGAAUAACUUGA